AUGUCGCCCUCGAUCUGGCGAUACAACCCACCUGGAGGUGUCGAAGCGGAGGGCAGCUCAAGACUGCUCGACUCCGUUCCUCAAGACGUGGAAGUGGUUUUUGGACCUCCGGUCUCCGUCACUAGAGAAGAACAUGCAUGGAACUUUCCAGACCCGCUAAUCGUUACGUUUGGGGAGGUACUGCGGGCUGCCUCCAAGUUCUACACGGUUCUGCUACUGCGUAAACAGGGAGCAGUCGAACUGGUCCAGGAGGGACCCUACGCCGACAUUCGCCUCUUCCGAGGCCCAACUUUUGGUGGGGUGCCUUCCGAGGCCUAG